CAUAUUAUGCCUCCCUCUCCAUUGAAUUGGCAAUGAACAAUUACUUUUCCUCCGGAUUCCCUCCCCCCGCCGUCCCCGGCCUGGAAGAACCUGCUCGCUGCGACUGGGAUUUUUCUCUUUCCACCGUCGUCUCCUCCACCGCCAACGCCACCGUCUCCGACACUCUAGGCGUCAUCGAAUUCGACCCUUCCAAUACCAUCUUAGCAACCGGAGGAAUCGCGAGAAAGAUUGGAAUUUACACUUUGAAAUCCUUGUUGCCACAGGAGGAGAGGCAAAGCAUUGCUUUUCUGGACCAUGUUAACGCCUGUAAUUAUUACAUCUUUACCCCAGCUAAGCUCAGUAGUCUUAGAUGGAAACCGGGGUCCAGUGGUCGCGUCUUGGGAUCCGGAGACUACGACGGCGUCGUCACGGAAUAUGAUCUAGAGAGGAAGGUUUCGAUCUUCGAACGCGACGAGCACAGCGGGAGACGCGUUUGGAGCGUGGACUAUUCCCAUUCGGACCCGUUUCUCGGUGCAUCCGGCUCCGACGACGGAACCAUGCAAAUCUGGGACCCACGUUGCAGCGAAGGAGGAGGAAGAUGCGUGGCGAAGGUGCAGCCCACGGCGACGAGGAGUUCAGUCUGUUGCGUCGAAUUCGACCCAUUCGGAGACACAUUGGUAGCCGUCGGAUGCGCCGACAAGAAGGCCUACGCCUACGACGUGCGGAGAAUAACGGAGCCGGUAUACACAUUCGACGGACAUACCAAAACGGUGACGUACGUCAGGUUCCUCGAUGCCGGAACAAUUGUUACCGCCAGCAUAGACGGUUGUUUGAAACUAUGGAACGUCGAUGAUUCAAGGUUGAUUAGAACAUACAAAGGGCACGUAAACAGUCGAAGCUUUGUGGGGCUAUCAGUUUGGAGACAUGGUGGGUUGCUUGGAUGCGGAUCAGAAGAUAACCAAGUUUUUGUCUAUGACAAACGAUGGGGUGAACCCAUUUGGGUGCAUGGGUUCGAGGCAAUGGGCAGAGCCAGAGAUAGGUUCGACCAUGGGUUCGUCAGCAGUGUGUGCUGGAAACAAGUCAAUGAGGACCAGUCCACACUUGUGGCUGGAGGUUCCAAUGGGGUUUUACAGGUAUUUUUCGGCAAGAGGAGGUCAGAAACAUAAUCUUCCCCUUUUUUCCGUACAAAUUAUGAGCAUUUUUCAUUGUUGUGUUUCCCAUACCUUAAAUUUGAGACUUUAAGUAAACUGAAACAAUUGUAUACGACUUUAGCAUUGUUGUGUUAACUGACAUUUUUAGUGUUCAGUUUUAGGGUUUUAGAUUGGAUGCAAGUAUUGUUGUUAUUAUUAAAUAAGCAGCCAAAAGGGUAUGGAGGGCAAGGGGCAAUGGGUUUGUUUGUGACUGAUAAACAGCUGUUCCAUAUUAAAGCGCAGCUAC